AUGUCUUCAUCGCGCCGGCGCGGCCGCCGAGGCAAGCCCGCCGACAACACACCACUCGAACCCGAAGGCUCUCUCCCCGUUGACGGGUCAUGGCGCAUGGUGGAAGGCGAACACGACAGCUUCGACACCACGAUACUUCCUUCCAUGCAAGAUGAAGGCGACGACAUACUCGUCCCUCUUUCCAGCGGCCAGCCUUCUUCCGGAUUCCCCUCUCAGCUGUCAUCACAGGGAAAUAUGAGCAUGGCGUCCGGUUCCGGAUCCCAGGACAGCAUCCGCGACUUUGUGAAGCACCAGGACGACGACCAAGUCAUACUCCGGGAACCAUUUCGGCCAAGCAUGAUCUCACCCACGAACUCAAGACUACACCAGGGCUAUCGCACGCCCGAUCCGCAGUUUAAAAUGCCGCUGGUCGAUAUUGAUGGUUCAAGACGAAGCAGCGGUAACAGCUCUCGCACCAUCAGGCCCUUUGGAAUGGGAACAAGCUACGAGAAUGACGACGAGAUCUACCUCCGACGGCGAGGCAUCACAUCCACAGGUAGCCCUGCAAAAAGAAGAACCCGACGACAAAGGUCAUCAUACCAAGACGAGCCCCAUCAGAAGAGCCCGUCCGGUGGCGUCCGCACAAUUGGUAACACUAUUGCCGCGUUACUACCCUCCGCCCUCUUGAAAAUCCUAGUCUGGGCCGGUGAAAUCGUCCUCAUCGCCCUCAACUUCGCCAAAUACCCCCUAGGACUACUCCUCGCCGCCUACCUCGUCUUCGGCGGCGCCAUCAUCGUCCAAAACAUGGCCACGCGGUCCAUCUACUCUGCCAUAUCCCCGAUAUGCCGCCUCCCAGGAACGUCCUAUCUCAACCUUCCGUUUUGCCCGCCCCCUGGCGCCACCGACUUUGGCAGUUUUAACGCAACGCCCGGUCAGACCGUCGAGUUCGACGACCUCAUGGGCGUGCAAUCCAAGUUCGAGCAGGUUCUCGAACGAAGCGCGGACGGCGUCUCCCUCCCCUUUGAAAUGAAGCGCUCAGAAGCCGCCGUCCGAGAUCUGCGAAGUCUCGUCCGCCACAGCGACAUCCAAGCCCGCCACGAGCUGGUCCUCGAGUUUGACGGAUACAUCGAGACAGCACGCUCCGCAGCAUCAGACCUGCAAAAGUUCAACACGCACGUCGGCUCGGCGGUCGACGCCGUCAUAAGCAUCAACCGCUGGACGUCACGCUACAUUGACUCCCUGUCCCCAGAAACCGAAUCGCCGCCCUCCAUGCUCGCCGAGUGGACAAGCUGGAUCUUCUACCCCUUCCAACCCGCUGACCAACCGUUCAGCGAGCGCAUCAUCCUAGACAAGUACAUCGAGCACACGGGCCUCGUGUCCGAACGCAUUGCCGCUCUCAUCCUCGAAGCCCAAGCCGUGCUGCGCCUGCUCACCAAGGCGGAGGACCACCUCAGCAUCAUCUACGACAUCACCUCCCGCACCUCCGCGAGCGUCUCGUCGCGCCGCGAAGAAAUCCUCUGGAACAUAUGGACCCUCGUGGGCGCCAACUCCCGCCGGCUGCAGAACCUGUCGCAGCAGCUCUCCCUCCUGAAGCAAGUGGACUCGCAGCGCUCAACGGCCGUCGACCAGGUCAGCGCUCUUAUUCUCGAGCUGGAAGCGAUUCAAGCGAAUUUGGGGGACUUGCGAGAUCGCGUUGCGGAACCUCGGCUUGUGAAUGACGCGGGAACGGUACACAUACCCCUUAGCGUGCACAUUGAGACGAUUGACCGCGGUGUCGAGAGACUGCAGGCCGCGAGACGCAGGAUUCGCUCUGCUGAGGAUGAUCGUGUGAGAGAUGUCAUGGCCAGAGGGGGCCUGAGGAGCGACGAGGAUCGUCUGAUUGAAAAUGGAAAAGGGAAAUGA